AUGUUGCCCCGAUCAUCUUCAUUAAAUUCUACGAAAGAUUCGAGGUUCCAAAGUGAUGGUCGACCUGUUCGUCGUAAUUAUUUUGAAUCAUUACAAAAUAUUCGAACAACAACAUCAAAUAAUCUUAACAAUUUGAUCAGUUCAAAUCGUCGUGCAAUGAUUUCCCGUUUAUCAUCAUUUAAUGCAAAUAUAAAUAACAGCAACAACAACGAAAAUCAGAAUCGUUCUUCAAGACAAUCAAAUUCAAAACUUACAAAUAAUAAUGAAAAUAUUCCACCACCCACUUCUCAUGCACUAAAAUUAGAGUUGCCAUCUGAAGCAUUAAAAAUGUCGGUCAUCAAAGAGGAUCUUGACAAUUUGCAUCAACGUUUGGAAGAUGUUCGUAUUUCCUCAUCCUCCUCUUCAGUCAAAGAAGUUGAUCAAUUGAAAAGUGAAAAUGUAUCAAUGACAACAUAUUUUACGCCAGAAAUGUCUUGUACGAGUCUAACGCAAGUUAUCUCAGAAGAUAUUAAUCAAAAGGCGAUCGAAGAUAAUCCUCCACGGAAAGAUAAAGAAAAAACUGUCGGAGAUGCGGAUGGUGAAGAGGAAGAAAGCGAUGAUGGUAUGUGCCAAGAAGGAUUUUCUCAUCCAUUUUUUGAUCCAUUAUCAUCAAGCUCGUAUGAAUUAGAAAUAAUUACCUAUUUAUUAGAAUUAGACGAACGUUUUUCAGUUGAAAUGAAUAGAUUAAGAAAUGAAAAACAACAUCGACAAACAUCAGCAGAUAUUAAUUAUCCAGUAACAAGAUUGAUGCUUAUAACACCAAAGGUACGAUGUAAAUUAGUUGACUGGAUUAUUUCCGUACAUGAUUAUCAUCGAUUAAAUGCAAGUAUAUUACAUCGUACAAUUCAUUUGAUUGAUCGUGUCUUAUUGAUAAAUGAUGCCAUGACUAAAUUAGAUUUACAAUUGACUGCUAUUUGUUGUUUUACUAUUGCAUGUAAAUUAGAAUCACGUCGUGUACCACCAUUAAGAACAUUAGUGGUAUUAUUUGAUAGUAAAUAUGCCAUGAAUGCUCAUCACAUACAUAUGGCAGAAAAAGAACUAUUAAGAAAACUUGAUUUUGAAUUAGAAUAUCCACUUCCUGUUCACUUUUUAUGUUAUUCUCUACGUUUUCUUCCAUUUUCGUUUGUUAUCUAUUCAAUGUCAAAAUAUAUAACAGAGGUGAUCUUAUGUAAUUAUGAUCUGUCAUCGUUACCAUCUUCGUUUAUCGCAGCCAUUUCUUUGUAUAUGGCAUUAAAGUUUACAAAAUUUAUACCCAAUAAUAAACGUGUAGUGCGAAAUUUUUUUGAACGUACACCUUAUAAACAAGAUGAAUUAGAAUCAAAAUUUUUGACAAUUAUUGAUUUAUUAAAAAGUGUUAGUCAUUCACCACAUUAUGGAAGUGUUAGAGAAAAGUAUAAACGAGAAGAAUUUGAUUAUGUGGCAUCAUUUGAUUAUGAAGUUGAUUUUGAAGUCAAACUUCCAGAGCAAGCAGUUGUGAAAAAAUGA